ACACUUAAUACACCUCGCCGUUGGUGAGGAUAAGUAUUUAUUUAUUAGUUUAUUUAUUUAUUAAGGUAUUGUCAUAAACAUGGCUUUGAAAAUCAUUUGUUUUGUUUCGAUGUUAGUGUGCGUCCAAAGCUCUGUUGUCAACCUUGAGAGACGACAUAUUGCGCCCAAUCAAAAUGGAACCAAUAUCCAUCCACCAUCCAACCAGCAGGACGACGCCUCGAUUGCCCCAGAUAAAUAUAUAGCAGGUGGUCACCCAGCGGCGAUAGGCCAGUUCCCGAGUAUAGCUCGGUUGUCCAUCAAGACCACCACUGACACCCUCCUAUGCGCUGGUUCUCUCAUUGGCGAGCGUCACGUUCUGACCGCCGCGCACUGUCUGGACCACGACAUCAAGUACUAUCAGGAUAUCUCCAUCUAUCUAGGCGAGUACGACCGCAAGAGCUACCCAGUGGACUGUGUAAAAAACAAAUGCAUUAAAAACAAACUGGUCUAUCCGGACAAGAUUUUGAAGCAUCCGGAAUAUAACAGCGUUACAGUAGAAAACGAUAUUGCACUGAUGAGACUGCAGAAACGGGCACCGCUCUCGGCCUACGUCAAGCCUAUACCUCUGCCACCAUUUGACGUCGACCAUCCCAUAAAUAAAGGCGCCUCACUCGCCGUUGUCGGUUGGGGUGAAACGGAGUCUGCCUACUCGUCUAACAUCCUUCUUGCCACCGAACUCUCCCUCAUACCUAAGGCAGAAUGCUUGAGGCAAGAAUCUGAUGUUCCCGUUAAGCAUAUGUGCGCGGGCGACGCCAAAGGCAAAGAUACAUGUCCUGGGGACUCUGGCGGCCCGCUGCUCAUGUAUUACCAAGAAAACUAUUACCUAUCUGGCAUUGUCAGCUAUGGACCAUCUAUGAAGUGCGGGACUUCUAAAAUAGGAUACUAUACAAAUGUUUAUAAGUAUAUGAAGUGGAUUAAAGAGAAUAUGAAGUAAUUUUAUAAUGACAUACUGGUGCCUACAUUCAAUGCAUCCAUCAGAGUACCUAACGAACCGAGAUGUAGGUAUGCGUUUGAGUCGCGUUGUGAUUAUUAUCAUAAUAAAUAAUAACAAAAUUGCAUUUCUAUUUUUUUAUCCUUUCGUGCGACUAGCAGCUGGAUGAUAAAAAGAAAGUUAUCAUUUCAACAAAAUUAAAUAUUUACCACAACUAAAUCUUCUUACUUUUUGCAUGGAAUAUUGUGCCAAGGUUGACAAGAAAAAUUAUUGUACAUAGGUACGACAUGUAUUGUAUUUAAGUGUCUAUAUAUUUGACCAAUAAACUAACAUUUGUUUUUCAAUUGACAUAGUUAACUCCCAACACACCUAGAAACAAACCACAAGUAAAGGGGGUAUAAAUCUUGCUAUUCACGAAAACGCGUGCCUUGACUCGUAUUGGCAUGUAAUUAAAGGUAAGAUUUGUCCAUAGACUAGGAAUCCUCUAGAACGAGUUUAGAGCAAUUAUUUAAUGCAACCGAUGAUGCCAAAAAUGCGGGGGUGCGCGGGACGAGGUGAACGAAGUCCCGUGCCGUGAUUAGUCCUUUCAAAGACACGGACGUCACACAAAGACACUUUCGACUCGAACAUGGAGUAAAAUUACCGUACGCGUGGCAGAGGGGGCAGCGCGACCAUGCUCAGUCUGGAGGAUGUUUUGUCUGUGGAUUUGUCAAAUCCGCGCGUCAUCGUGAAUGACACGCACUGUAAUACGGCAUUAUAAAAAAAUAUAGAGUCGUGGGCGUUGAGCGGAACGUUCGACGGGCGGCGGCGGCGGCGUGACGUCAUGCUACCACGGGAUUUUAGCAGAGUACUUUGAAACUACUCCAUAGACAUAGUUAGAUUUUCAUUAAAUAUUUUUAUGACUAUAUAGUUAUGGUGGAAGGUAGCUUUUCCAUAUACAAAUGUACUCAACAUUUUCCACCCAGGGUACUUGUAGAAAAUAUUUUUACACAAUUUUAUGUACCUAUAUAAUAUUGAUCAUUGCAAUUUUUUCUAAUUAUUGCAGCUUUUGAAAAUAUGACAGGCUGAGCCCAGUGUAGGAACCAGAGCAACCUGAGUAGUAUAUUUCUUAGCCGAGGUACCUACAUUUUGUCAAUUGUAUUUAAUUAGGUUACCUAUAAUAAAAUGUUUGAUUUUUUUA